AUGACCUCAAGAUUAGUACUGGUCCUCGGCGACCUGUUCAUACCCGACCGCGCAAUCGACAUACCAGCAAAGUUCAAAAAACUCCUCACACCCGGCAAGAUCGGCCAAAUCCUGUGCUUGGGCAACCUCACCUCCCCCUCCGCCUACAACUUCCUCAAACAACUCGCACCCGACCUCCAGCUCGUCAAAGGCGACUUCGAUAUCCCCUUGAGCGCAGCAAUACCGCAAUCACAACAGAAUGUCAUGGGCGGUGCGGCACCGGAAAGCACGGGCUUUCCCAUUCCAACCGCGUUGAGUAAGGUAGUCACACACGGCAGUCUACGAAUAGGCUUCACCCACGGCGACUCAAUCAUCCCGCCCGGUGACCCAGAUGCUUUGCUGAUAGCAGCGCGACAAAUGGACGUCGAUGUGCUCUGUUGGGGCGGCACAUGCAAGUUCGAGGCUUAUGAGAUGGAGGGCAAGUUCUUCAUCAACCCUGGCUCUGCUACAGGAGCUGUGAGCUGGAACGAUGAGACGAUGGGGUCGGAAGAAAAUGAGGAGGGUAAUACGCCCAGUUUUGUGCUUAUGGAUGUGCAGGGUGAUGUGUUGGUGUUGUAUGUCUAUCAGUUGAGGAAAGAGGAGAAGGGCCAGGAGACGGUCGGAGUGGAGAAGGUGUCGUUCAGGAAGGGUGCUACUGGUGCUGCUUGA